AUGUCGGAUAUCAAACACCCAAAGCCCGAGUUGAAGGCUGCAACGGAAUCUGAACGAGAGGGCGAAAACAACCUCAGCAAUACUCCAAAAGUUCUUGAUCAAUAUGCAGACGAGAGCUUCAAAUUACUUUCCAAAAUCCAAGUCACGGACCCGACCCCAGAAGAAGCGAAACGCAUACGAAACAAAUGUCUAUGGCGCAUUUUGCCAUUUUUAUGCAUUGGCUAUCACCUCAUGUAUAUCGAUAAGCAAACACUGGGAAGUUCAUCGAUUCUGGGCAUUCUGGAUGAUGCUCAUUUGAAUUCAAAUCAGUAUAAUUGGCUGUCCUCAAUCUUCUACUUUGGAUAUCUGCUGGCAGAAUAUCCACAGAACUGGGCUUUGCAGAGAUUCCCUGUUGCAAAAUGGUUGGCAGGAAAUCUAAUCAUUUGGGGUUGUAUCACACUUUUACACGUCCCGUGUAAUAAUUUUGCCUCACUCUUUGUCGUCCGCUUCUUCCUAGGACUGGCAGAAGCAUCUAUAAUCCCUGCAUUCUUGCUAUCCAUGUCUAUGUUCUUCACUUAUAGCGAGCAAUCUGUGAUGAUGCCAAUAAUGUGGUCAAUCGGCAAUGCAAGUCCCAUUACAUCAGGCUUAUUAUCGUACGGCGUUUUAUGGAUCGACACAGGAAGCUUCGCUCCAUGGAAAUGGCUUAUGGUGAUCACUGGCAUUCUUACUAUCAUAUUUGGGGCUUUGGUGUGGCUCCUUUUCCCGGAUAGUCCUCUCCAUGCCAACUUUUUAACCUACGAGGAGCGUGCACAAGCCAUCUUGCGAAUCAAGAACAAUCACUCUGGAAUUGAGCAAAAAACAUUCAAGAAAUACCAAUUUCUUGAAGCAAUUCAAGACCCCAAAACAUGGCUAUUUUUCUUGCAUUCGUGGUCACAAGAGAUGGCAAAUGGAAUCACAAAUCAAUAUUCUCUGAUCAUCAAUUCCUUCGGAUUUACCGUUCUUCAAACAACACUCCUAGGUUGCGUGACCGGAAUAGUCUCAUUUUUCUCUCUGGCUACAGCGGCGAUUGUACUAUAUAACACCAAGAACUCCCGAGCUUGGAUAUCCCUCAUCGCUUAUAUUCCCGGAGCCCUGUCUAGUAUUCUCCUACUGGCUCUCCCCUGGUCAAAUCGCUGGGGUCUCAUCUCAGGCAUCUGGAUUCGAUCCACAACUGGGAUACCCUAUGCCGUCGUGAUGAUAUGGGCAGCUAACGCAUCAGCGGGACAUACCAAAAAGACCACCGUUAUUGCAUUAUAUCACAUUGGAUAUGGCUUGGGAAAUAUCAUUUCUCCUCAGCUAUUUCGUGCACAGUGGAAGCCUCGAUAUAGACCAACUUGGAUCAUUCUUCUUGUGGUCGCUGCCAUCCUACCGUCAAUAAUUAUCAUCAUCCUCCGGGUUUAUCUGAGCAACGAAAACAAACGUCGGGACAAGUUAGACUCGGCCGAUGUCAUCAAUGGAAAUGGUAUCAUUGAGACCGUCGAUUCUGAUGGUACAAAGAUCGCACGUGUUGUGGACAACAGCCAGAUGGAUCUCACUGACAGGGAGAAUUUGACCUUGUAA